UGCGGAGCGGUUUGCGUAGCGUUUGCGCAGCGUUUGCGCAGAAACCCCUAACAGACAUGGCAGACGAUCACACAGAUGCCGAUCAGAACAUGGAAGGACACACCCCGGUGGCGGAGAAUCCUCAUUCCGAGUACGGCCUCACGGAGAACGUCCAGAGAAUAGCGGAGGGCGAGAGGGCGAGCGCCGACAAGGUGCCCAAACAGAAGGUGGAUCUUCAGACCCUACAGACUCUCCCCACGCGGGCGUACCUGGAUCAGACGGUGGUGCCGAUCCUACUCCAGGGGCUGUCCGUGCUCGCCAAGGAACGGCCCCCGAAUCCGAUCGAGUUCUUAGCCACGUUCCUCCUGAAGAACAAGUCGCAGUUCGAGGACCGGGGUUGAGCCGACGCCCCCGCCGACGCCGCCGCCGCCGGUGAAGCUGCUCCGGCGAGAGAGUUUUUUUUAUUUCGUUUGAGAUUUCGCUCGAUACUGUGUGUUAGUUUUUGUAAAAACAAAGUUCGAAUAAAGUGUUUCCAAACCACGUCAGGCUUUAUUGUCAGAUUUGUAACGUCACGGUCGAUACACACACACACACACACACACACACACACACACACACACACACACACA